AUGACACUAGCUGUUCUGCAAGACCUCCCUUGUCUGGAACCUGUUGCUCCCCUGGACAUCAGUAGCUCCAGUUUCCGCUGUGUGAGUGUCCUGGAGCACGUCUCUCUCCUUCCUUGCUAUGUGGGUCGUCUGUCAGAUGGAGUUCUAGAGUAUCUGAACGAGAAAGUGUUUCAUUUCUCUGAUCAACUUGGUGGGAUUAUAUUAUCGUAUUCAAAGCCUCAAGUUCUUCAGCAACAUGGCAUUAUACUAGACGAGCAUCCGCAUAUUCAUUUCAAUCUCAAGUAUUCUGUACAUCUCUUCAAGCCUGAGCUGGGGAGUAUAAUGUGUGGCAGGAUCAACAAUGUGGGACAAGAUCACCUGGGCUGUUUGGUGCAUAACUGUUUCAAUGCUGCCGUUCUGGGCCCAAGUUCCACUGAGCAGAUGAGUGCCUGGUACUCCCAACCCUUCCAUAUAGGCGCUCCUGUCUGGUUCACUGUCACUAACUUGGAGAAUGUUGGAGGCAUUGUAUCCAUCAGUGGCGAAUACUAUGAUCUUCAUGCCAUCACUGCUGACAAGGCUAAAUCAUCACACCCAAAGACCGCCAAGAGAAAACAAGAUGAUUCAGAUCUCGAGAUGGCAAGUUCUAGUGAUCAAGGCAGUAGGAAGAGACGCCGCCAUCACACACAGACAGUUGAUAGUGGGCCCAAAGCCAAGAGAACUAAACUGAUCUGUGAGGAUGUUGGGACAGUCAAACACAAAAAGAAAUCAAAACAAAAGUUAUCACAUGCUCAUUGAUUAAUAUAAUAUUGCCAUGUAUUUAUAUUGACCAUGUAUUAUUGACCGCAUGUUGAACUUCCUGAUGCAAUUUCCUGUUAUUGUCA